AUGUCGGCUUUCGUCAGGGUGUCGGGCCCGCCCAACUCCAACUUCCUGGUCGGCUACCCAGGCAUAUCCGCAACGCUGCCGCGCAUAGAGGGCAAGGUCGAGAUCCGGCCCCUCGUCGGCGUCUCGGCGCCGGUCAACAUCUCCCUCGUCACCAUUGCCCUCCACCGCCGCGAGACCAUCCACCCGUCAGCCGACUCGGUCACCAAGAAGCACCUCGCCGCGCCGCGAAAGGACAUCACCGACCUGGUCGGCAAGGAGAUGCUGUUGUUCCGCUGCUCGGCGGGGCGCGAGCACGAGAGCAUACUGUGCAUGGACCUGCCUUUCGUCAUCUUCAUACCCUACGGCCGCGGCGGCGAGGAAGUCGCGCGCCGUGUCCCACCCGCCAGUCUCCAGCUGCCCUCGCGCACGGCAGAGACCUUCUACGAGCUCGUCGUCACCGUCCAGCAGGGUCACAGCGAGCAGAAGAAAUACCCCUUCCCCGUACCUGUCCAGCGCUACGACACACUAUCUACAUUCGGCAUGUACAACCGCCCCGAGAGCGCAGAGCGCGUCACAGAUCAUCUCGUCACUCUUGGCAUAAGUCUCCCGCGGUGGAGCUACGGACCGCUGGAUCCAGUCUCGGUCUACAUCAAACUAUCGCCCAAUCCGGAUUGGCUCUCAAAAGCGAAGAAGGUCACAAUAAAGCAAAUCACAGUAGGGAUAGACGAGGAGAUCAUCUUCAACCACGAGGGCGACGAGCCAACCCGGAAAGUGAAGACACUGGCCAAGACUACCCAAGCAGUGGGCGUCAAGAUGCCAGAGGCAGGGUACUUUACGAAUCUGGGAUUAGUGUUUCCGGCAAAGGACUUGAGGGACAGCGAUGGCAUAAUACCAAGGGGGAAGAAGGAGUUCCCGAUGUAUGCGGUCAACGGCUUCACAACGACUGGUACUCUUUAUAAGAUUGAGUACUAUCUCACGGUGAAGGCACAAAUGAGCUCAGCGCGCGACAUCUUACUGAGACAGCCGAUCGUCGUAUGCCCUUUCGACCACGCUGGAUGUAAAGAAGAGAUGGAAGCCAUUGAGCAAGCGGCGAAAGACGCAGCACAUGUUGCGCCAGACAAUCCGAUGCUGCCAGCGAGCCACAUUGUGAGGGCGAACGAUCCAAACGGGUUGGCCGCGUUGGGAAUUGCGAUUGUUGGGGGCGUGAGGAAACCGUUGAUCGAAUGA